UCAAAACGUCCACUAUUUUCUGCAGCUCGAACACUGCUGUUUUGCGUUCAACGAUCUAAAAAAAAAACAAUUAGUUAAAUUCACACAUAAAGACGUUCCAAUAUGCGAACAAGUGUUACAACGAAGAUCUUUGCUCUGCUGUGUGUUUUUCUUCUUUAUGGGACUUUUCCUUCACUGCGAGCAGAGAAACACUCGCUGUAUUACAUUUACACAGCUUUGUCCAAACCUGUCAAUCUGCCGGGCAUCUAUCAGUUCACUGCUAUGGGUCUGCUAGAUGACAGACAGAUCCACUCUUACAAUAGUGAGCAACAGAAGAAGAUUCCCACACAGCAGUGAGUUGUGCAGGAGGGAGAUGAAGUGAAGUUUUCCAAAGGCAUUAGUGAAUACGGCUAUGAUGGAGAAAACUUUCUGUCUUUUGAUGAUAAAGAGUCUCAGUGGGUCGCCUCAGUUGACGCAGCUGUACCAACCAAGAGAAAAUGGGACAAUGUGCCAAUCCUAAACAUGUACACCAAAGGAUACCUGGAGAAAGAGUGUGUGGACUGGCUCAAGAAAUUCAGAGAAUAUGAUAAUGAGGAGCUCAGAAAAGCUUCUCCUCCAGAUGUUCGUGUGUUUGCAAGGAAAUCCAGUGAUGAAUCCAAGUUGAAACUCACCUGUCUGGCCACUGGUUUCUACUCUGAAGAUGUGACGAUGACCAUCAGGAAAUAUCGCACAUCUCUGUGUGAAAAUGAGGUUGAAUCCACAGGAAUCAGACCAAACCAUGAUGGGACCUUCCAGCUGAGGAAUAGUGUGGAGAUCAAUGAGGAUGAAAAAGAUGAAUAUGAUUGUUUUGUGUCCCACAGAACCUUCAAAUCAAUUAUCAUGAAACUGGGACAAGCUACUGAAUCAUUGAUCGCUGAAGCAUCUGCUGGACGAGAGAGAGCUGGAGAAACAUCAGACAGCUGUGUGACUAGCUCUCCGGAGAAAGUCAUUCAAAAUGAGAAACACUCGCUGUAUUACAUUUACACAGCUUUGUCCAAACCUGUCAAUCUGCCGGGCAUCUAUCAGUUCAGUGCUAUGGGUCUGCUAGAUGACAGACAGAUCGACUCUUACAAUAGUGAGGAACAGAAGAAGAUUCCCACACAGCAGUGGAUGAAAGAGAAAAUGCAGGAGGAUUACUGGGAAAAAGGCACCCAGUCCAGAAAGAUCAAAGAACAGUGGUUUAAUGUGAAUGUUGACAUUCUGAUGAAACGCAUGAGACAAAAUGAAUCAGAUCUUCAUGUUCUUCAGUGGAGACAUGGUUGUGAAGUUGUGCAGGAGGGAGAUGAAGUGAAGUUUUCCAAAGGCAUUAGUGAAUAUGGCUAUGAUGGAGAAAACUUUCUGUCUUUUGAUAAUAAAGAGUCUCAGUGGGUUACCUCAGUUGACGCAGCUGUACCAACCAAGAGAAAAUGGGACAAUGUGCCGAUCCUAAACAUGUACACCAAAGGAUACCUGGAGAAAGAGUGUGUGGACUGGCUCAAGAAAUUCAGAGAAUAUGAUAAUGAGGAGCUCAGAAAAGCUUCUCCUCCAGAUGUUCGUGUGUUUGCAAGGAAAUCCAGUGAUGAAUCCAAGUUGAAACUCACCUGUCUGGCCACUGGUUUCUACUCUGAAGAUGUGACGAUGACCAUCAGGAAAUAUCGCACAUCUCUGUGUGAAAAUGAGGUUGAAUCCACAGGAAUCAGACCAAACCAUGAUGGGACCUUCCAGCUGAGGAAGAGUGUGGAGAUCAAUGAAAAUGAAAAAUCAGAAUAUGAUUGUUUUGUGUCCCACAGGACCUUCAAAGAACCAGUUAUCGUCCAAUGUGAUGGUGUGACGGCAUGAUUGGAGCUACGGCUGUUUCACACUGGAAGCGUAUGUGAGUGGAAGCAGUGGAAAUUGGAUUAGCAUGCUUUUUAAGCUCUACUUUAAAUCAUUUUAAAUCAGCAUGCUUUUGUGUUAUUUGUUUGUUUUACACAAGCUACAUUUACAUGCACCGAAAUAAUCAAUAAUCAUAAAUAAUAAUAUUACUCAUGUAGCUCCUUUGACAUUAAUGCGGUGGCUUUCUAAAUAGAUGCACUGUGCAUGCACUGACUUUUUGAUCGGAAUAAAUAUAUUGCACAUGUAAUCAAAAAUGUGAAAUAAACUGCAAAGCUUAAAGCUCAUAUAAGCAGAACCUUCAAAAUC